UUAAUAUCAAUGGGAUUAUCGAAUAAUAAGAUACUAUAAAAAAAAAUAGUAAAUACCUAUUACUUGACAGUCGCAUCAGGACCGAAAGGAAAGUUUCAUAACAAACCGCCWAAAGACCUUAAGUUCAAUAUUUGGUUUGACCGAAAAUUUUUAGUACAUCAUUCGGUCGCGAUCCGGUCACUCGACAGAUUCGCUCACUUUAAUUCAUYCAGUCUUGACCAUCUCAACUCUAAUGGCGGGUAAAAUGAUCGACCUAAAAAAUUUGAACGUGCAGCAAUUGGCAAAAAUGAAGGAACAGGUAUACAAAGAAGUGAGUUUAAUACAAGACUCGUUACAAUCUUUGAAGAUGGCACAGAAAAGGUAUAUUAGUUCACAAGAGGCGCUAGAAAGUGCCAAAGGACGACCAUCUGGCACAUCCAUGAUGAUUCCUUUAACUAAAUCUAUGUACGCUGCUGGACAAUUAGUCAAUCCCGAACAUGUGACGGUGUGCAUAGGUGCUGGAUAUUUUUUGAAGCUUGAAAUUAAUGACGCAAUUCAAUACUUCAAAAGACGUGUCAAUUACCUUGUGGAACGUAUGGAAGGCAUCCAACAGAUUGGUUUAGAAAAACAGAAGCUACAGAAUGUUAUUACUGAAGUACUAGAGAUGAAAUUACAACAAGCUCAAACUGAAAAUAAAUAAACAAUAAUUAUGCUAACCUUUUUUUCCUAACAUUUAAGCAAUUUAAAGCUAAAAGUUUUGUUUUUAAUACUUAUUAAACUAACCAGAUUUUUGUAAAAUAUUUUCURUAAAUUAUUGGUUCUGCUUCUUGUCUUUCUUAUCAAAGCAUAUAUUUUGUAUUCAUUGAUAAUUUGUACUGUCAACAAUUUUAAUAUUCAUGUGUUAAAUUAUUAAACUAUAAU